CCGCGCGCGGGGGCCCAGCCCCCCGCUCCCCCUCCCCGGGCGGGGACGGCGGCUGCAGCCGCGCCGCUACACCGGCGGCGGGCGGGCGAGCGAGCGGGUUCAUGCCGGGCGGGGAGAGCAGGAGCCCGGCCAGGAAUGGGCACGGAGCCGGCCGAGUCAGAUUGUAGCUAAGAAGUGAGCAGGAUGCCCCCGGGCAUCUAUUGCCCUGUGGAAUUUUGGUCCAAGGAGGAAAACCAAACUAUCCAGGUGGACUUCCUGCUGCCUACAGGCAUAUACCUGAACCUCUCUGUAUCCUGCAAUGCCAGCUUGGGCACCAUCAAACAGGUGGUCUGGCGUCACGCACAGUAUGAGCCGUUGUAUCACAUGCUCAAUGACCCCGAUGCGUACGUCUUCACGUGUAUCAACCAGACGGCCGAGCAGCAGGAGCUGGAGGAUGAGCAGCGGCGCCUCUGCGACAUCCAGCCCUUCCUGCCUGUCCUUCGGCUGGUGGCUCGUGAAGGUGACCGUGUCAAGAAGCUGAUUAACUCCCAGAUCAGCCUGCUCAUUGGGAAAGGUUUGCAUGAGUUUGACUCGGUGCGCGACCCGGAGGUGAACGACUUCCGUGCAAAAAUGCGACAGUUGUGUGAGGAGAAGGCGGCGAAGCGGCAGCAGCUGACCUGGAUGGCCUGGAUGGAGUACAACUUUCCCUUGCAACUGGAGCCCUUGGCCAAAGGCCCCAGGACUGGUGCCCUUCGCGUCCCCAACAAGAACAUCUUUGUCAACGUCAAGUUUGAGUCUGGCGGGGAGAGCUUCACCUUCCAGAUCUCCCCCAAGGAAUUCCCUGUCACGUUAACGAGCUAUGCCAUCAAGAAGCAAGCUACCGUCUUCCGCCACCAGACAGUGGAGAGCCCUGAGGAUUAUACUCUGCAGGUGAAAGGGAAAUGUGAAUAUCUCUACGGGAACUACCCCCUGUACCAGUUCCAGUACAUCCGCAGCUGCCUGCACCGUGGCCUGAUGCCCCACCUGACGAUGGUACACUUCUCUUCCAUCAUUGCUAUGCGAGACGAGCAGACCAACUGCACUGCCCACACCCCGAAGAUGGUUGCCAAGCCUCCGCCGCUCCCCAAGAAAAAGCCAACUCAUGAGUCCCUCUGGUCCCUUCAUCAGCCUUUUUACAUUGAACUGGUGCAAGGCAGUAAGGUGAAUGCAGAUGAGAGGAUGAAGUUGGUGGUACAGGCAGGCCUUUACCAUGGCAACGAGAUGCUCUGCAAGAUGGUGUCAAGCGCCGAGGUGAAUGUGUGUUCGGAGCCAGUGUGGAAACAGAGGCUGGAUUUUGACAUUAGCAUCUGUGACCUGCCCCGCAUGGCACGACUCUGCUUCGCCCUUUACGCUGUCAUCGAGAAGGCCAAGAAGGCACGAUCCACCAAGAAGAAAUCCAAGAAAGCUGACUGCCCAAUAGCCUGGGUGAAUGUCAUGCUCUUUGACUACAAGGACCAGCUGAAAACAGGAGAGUGCUGCCUGCAUAUGUGGUCGUCGUUUCCAGAUGAGAAAGGGGAGCUGUUGAACCCCAUGGGCACAGUCCAGAGCAACCCCAACACGGAGAGCGCAGCAGCCCUGGUCAUCUGCUUCCCCAGUGUCACACCCCAUUCUGUGUAUUACCCAUCCUUCGAGCAGCUGUUGGAGUUGGGGAGGAAUGGAGAGUACACCCGUGCCGUACCAGAGGAUCUAGAGGAGAAGCAGCAGCUGAGGGAGAUCCUGGAGCGGAGGAGCCACACCGAACUCUACGAGCAUGAGAAGGACCUGGUGUGGAAGAUGAGGUACGAGAUCCGGGACCAGUACCCAGAGGCCUUGGCAAAGCUCCUCAUCAUCACCAAGUGGAACAAACAUGAGGAUGUUGCCCAGAUGAUCUCCCUGCUCCAGUCCUGGCCGGAGCUGCCUGUCCUGAAUGCCCUGGAGCUGCUGGAUUUUAGCUUCCCGGAUCGCUAUGUUGGUUCCUUCACGAUCAACUCAUUAAAAAAGCUGACAGAUGAUGAAUUGUUCCAGUAUCUGCUGCAGCUCGUCCAGGUGCUCAAGUAUGAAUCCUACUUAGACUGUGAAUUAACCAAGUUCCUAUUGGACAGAGCUUUAGCCAAUCGCAAAAUAGGACACUUUCUGUUUUGGCAUCUCAGGUCAGAGAUGCACGUCCCUGCAGUCGCCCUCAGGUUUGGCCUGAUUUUGGAGGCCUAUUGCAGAGGCAGCAACUACCAUAUGAAAGUUCUAAUGAAGCAGGGGGAAGCACUUAAUAAAAUGAAAGCCUUGAAUGACUUCAUUAAAGUGAGCUCUCAGAAGGCCACCAAACCACAAGCCAAGGAGAUGAUGCAUGUGUGCAUGAAGCAGGAGACCUAUCUCGAGGCACUUUCCAAUCUCCAGUGCCCUCUGAACCCCACCAUUAUUCUUGCUGAAGUUUGUGUGGAUCAAUGUACUUUUAUGGACUCCAAGAUGAAGCCAUUGUGGAUUGUGUUUAAUAACGAAGAAGAAGGUGGAGGGGGAGUGGGCAUCAUUUUCAAAAAUGGAGACGAUCUCCGUCAGGACAUGCUGACUCUGCAGAUGAUCCAGCUGAUGGACGUACUAUGGAAGCAGGAGGGUUUGGACCUGAGGAUGACCCCUUAUGGCUGCCUCUCCACAGGCGACAAAACGGGGCUGAUCGAAGUCGUCAUGCACUCGGACACCAUUGCCAACAUCCAGCUGAACAAGAGCAACAUGGCAGCCACUGCAGCCUUCAACAAGGAUGCGCUGCUGAACUGGCUAAAAUCCAAGAACCCAGGUGAAGCGCUGGAACAAGCCAUAGAGGAGUUCACUCUUUCCUGCGCUGGGUACUGUGUGGCAACGUACGUGCUGGGCAUAGGGGACCGGCACAGUGACAACAUCAUGAUCCGGGAAACUGGCCAGCUGUUUCACAUUGAUUUUGGCCACUUCUUGGGGAACUUCAAGACCAAAUUUGGCAUUAACAGAGAACGCGUUCCUUUUAUCUUAACCUACGACUUUGUGCAUGUGAUCCAGCAAGGGAAAACUAACAACAGUGAGAAGUUUGAAAGAUUCAGGGAUUACUGUGAAAAAGCCUACAUGAUCCUGAGGUGCCAUGGUCUUCUCUUCCUGCAUUUGUUUGCACUGAUGAAAGCUGCUGGCUUGCCAGAACUCAGCUGCUCUAAAGACAUUCAGUAUCUCAAGGAUUCUCUAGCUUUAGGGAAAACAGAUGAGGAGGCAUUGAAGCACUUCAGACUCAAAUUUAAUGAAGCCCUGCGAGAGAGCUGGAAAACCAAGGUGAACUGGUUGGCACACAAUGUAUCCAAAGAUAAUAGACAGUAGAGCAACCAAAAUAGCCCUUGUGUGGUCCAGGUGAAUGUAACAGCAAUAGACAGACAGUAAAGACUGCUGAAUGUUGCCAUGUUGAAGAUCAGCACCUGCACCUCUACAGAUCAAGUGUUUGCGAAGAGUCUACCUAACCAACAGCUGCAUAAUCCCAUUCUAGAUCUCUAGGGCAGAAGGGGGACAGCAUGAGGCAAUAAAAUUACUGUACACACUGAAAGGUAGGUGUAUGUGAAGCUUGCAAAUGUAAGUUCUUAAGUAUGCAGUCCAUCAUUUAAGGGUGGAGGUGAGGCUGUUGUGCUAGUUCAGUACAUUCCUCACCCACUGCUCAUUUUUAGGGAUGUGGAGCUGUGCUCAGAGAGGCUGUAAUUUGGCCAGUGGCAUAUCAGCUUUUUAAAGCCAGACUAGAAUAGCACUAGCAGUGAAAAUAGCAUGUUGGUGCAUCUGAACUUCAGUCUCUCUCUCUGUAAUCACAGUGGAAGGUGCUGCUAGGCAAUACUUUUUCUAGUUGAAGAUUUCACCAGCUUGCCCCCCCCCCGCCCUUUUCAGGGAUGUAUUUUUAGAAACGGGUAUACCAUCUUGUGACACUUUAUUGACAGUCGGAAGAUAAUGUUACCAAGCUCUAAUAUAUAAAACGACACAGUAGGUGGGAAACAUCACCAUAGAUCCACCUUCAGCCUGGCUUGUUGAUGAACGAGAGAAGACGGGUGGUGCCACCUCACCCACUGAAGGUAGAAGAUGCACUGUCCAUAUACAGGGUGAUGGCAGUGGAUAGAACCAGGAAAGUGGCACCUUCAGUUUAUGCGGUGAUACAGUAUUCUGAAGCAUUUUUGUUUACAUUAGCUCAGACCCUGCUCUAGUUUUGUAAGGGUAUGAUGCAGCACGUUAGUUGCAUCUAUUUUGUUUUUAAGAGUGCAAUAGAUAGCAGGUGUACACCACACCAAACAAGCAGGCACUAAAGUGCUUUCUGUCUAAUCAGUCUACAAUGGGGUCAUGGCAGUCUUGCAGAAUUCAUCUCAUCUGCAAUGAAUAAAAAUAACUUAGGUUUUUCCCCCCUCACUUCAGUUGUGGAAUAACUACAAAAUUGUUAACACCAUCUUGUAUAGCAAAAUCAUAGCCUAAAUCGGGUAAGCAAAGAUCCAGUCAAAGCAAACGUAUCUAACAGUGGUUUCAGCCGCUUUCAAAUGAAGGUUAUUAUCUUUUGUAAAUAAGUCCAAGACACAAGUUACAUUCUUUUUAAAGUGAUGAAAUUACCUUUUACUUUGAUACUUAUUUAUUUAGAAAGGUAUUCAUGAUCUUAUUGUGUAUGUGCCCUCUGAAAAAAUGAAUUUAUUUUUUUAAGCCAUGGUAUGGUUCUGCAACAAGAGAAUGUUUACAUGAUGAUUGAUUUUUUCAGUUACCUUCAAUCUGUGAUUAGGUGCACUUUUGGUAAGUCUAAAAAUAAAAUGUUUAAGUUGUA